AAGUCUACUACAGUUAGCUAAAGAAGUAAAAAGCCAAACUGGGGUGAUUGUGUCCCAUGACACAAUACAGCGUACACUGCAGAGGAAUGGCAUACAUGAGUGUCUUCCACGAAGGAAGCCUCUCCUAAAGCCCAUGCACAAAAAAGCCCGCCUAGAAUCUUCCAGGGCCCAUGGUGAAAGAGAAGAAGACUACUGGGACUUUGUACUGGAGUGAUGAGACCAAGACAAAUGUUUUUGGAACUGAUGGCUUCAAAACUGUAUGGCGUAGCAAAGGGGAGGAGUACAAAGAAAAAUGCAUGGUUCCUGCAGUGAAACAUGGUGGUGGCAGUGUCCUUCUGUGGGGCUGCAUGAGUGCUGCUGGUGUUGGGGAGCUGCAUUUCAUUGAUGAUAUCAUGAAUUCACAGAUGUACUGAUGUACUGUUGAAAGAGGAGAUGGUACUAUCUUUCUGUGCCCCUGGUCGUUGUCGUUGUGCACUU